UUGCAUGUAAAUGAGGCUGGGGAACCGUGAAUCUAUGGGUAGCAAUGCUAGAACAAUGAGUGCAUAGUGCAAUGCCAACAUGGAAACCCUUGAAUAUAAUACUGAGCAGAUUAAACAAAGCGAGCUGCUUAUUUGCUGUACAAGUGUGUCGUGGGGGUGUUUCCAGGCAUAAAGGAAGAGAAAUAUAAAAGAUUAACAGUAAAUAAUACUUGAAAAAAGAAGAAAAUAAGUGUUUGGGAGGGGGAUUGCUUCCUGGUUAUUUAAAAAAGUGUGUGUCUAUUCCUGCAAUCAUUAAUCAGGUUGACUGGUAAUUAUUAAACCAGAGAGCGCCAGGGAGUGUGGGGUUUUGUCUUGCGAGUCCUUAUUUCAAAGAAUGGCUUGGAGCCGGAAAAUAGUUUUAACUCUCCUUGGGCUGCUAGUACUUUGCAGCCAACUUCUAGAAGGGGCCGAGGAAGACCCUGCUGCUGCCUCCAACUGCACUGAAUUUCAAACUACCACCUGGAAGCAGUACCUUGGAGAUAACAAGCUGCAAGUCCAAUAUCUCCUCUUCACCCCUCGGAACAGGAACUGUGCCAGCAUCAUCAGUGGGGGCUCAAUAGAGGAAAUCCAGGCUACCAAUUUCAAUUCCUCCCUGGACACAAAAGUGAUUAUCCUCGGGUAUAGAGCACUGGGGAAGAAACCUUCCUGGAUUGAUGGCCUGGUCCAAGCUCUCCUGAAUGCUGCUGAUGUGAAUGUUUUGGUGGUGGACUGGUUAUAUGGAGGAUCUUCUGUGUAUAGUGUUGUGGUCCAGAACUCCCAGGAGCUGUCUGUGAACAUUUCAAUUGUCAUAAAUAAUCUCAUUGCACUUGGAAGUAAGCAAGAAUCAUUUCAUUUUAUUGGGGUGAGUCUAGGGGCUCAUGUGGCUGGAUUUGUGGGCAGUCUCUUUGAUGGAAAACUAGGGAGAAUCACAGGGUUGGAUGCUGCAGGGCCUAUGUUUACGAAAGCAAGUACAGACAUGCGCCUUGACCCCAGUGAUGCUCUCUUUGUGGAGGCAAUUCACACGGAUAUAGACAAUUUUGGCAUAAGGAUUCCCGUUGGCCAUAUUGAUUAUCAGAUCAAUGGAGGAAAAGACCAGCCUGGUUGCACUACGUCACAAACGUCAUCAAUUUUUCUCUAUUUUCCAGUAUUUGGUUAUAUGAUAUGUGACCACAUGAGGGCAGUGCAACUCUACAUCAGCGCCAUAUCUACUCCUUGUUCACUGCUGGCUUUCCCCUGCCAGAGUUAUGAAGAUUUUGUCACUGGAAAAUGUUUGAAUUGUGACCACCCUUUCGGUGGCUCUUGUCCUCGGAUAGGGUUGCUAAGAAACGGCGGAAUUACAGUUAACCCACUGCCAAAAGAAGAAGUAUUCAUGUUGACAACAGCUUCAGCGCCUUUCUGUGCUCAUCACAUUCUUGUGGAUCUGCAUGUAACUCAGCUGAGAAGCAGCAGUCAGAUCCAGGUGACUCUUACGAGUGAAGGGGCUACCCAGUCGCAUAGCCAGUUUAAACUACAGAGAGGUAUGACACGGUCUAAAAUGGUGAUGGCUCACUCAACAAUGCUGUGUAAAAUAGACUCCAUUCAACUGAAGAAUACAGGCACUCGGUUCUACAGAAAAGAUGAAAUUAAAAUUGUGAAAAUCUGCAUUUCAGAUGUCCCUUCUGACAGGAACGAAUCUCUCUGCGUUGAAAACAUCGAACUUACGGAAGGCAAUCCAUGGUCCCAUGACUUUGUGAAGCUCUGUAACUAGGAAAGAACUAUUGAGCUCAUAGCACAGGACACCUCCGAACAAAAACCAACUUAUCGGAGCCUCGCUGACCCAGUUAAAUGCUGAAGAAGUAAUGUAAAGUAAUAGAAGUUUGCCUUCUUUAUGUUAUGCAGUAGUUGCAUUUUUCUGUAUUGUCUAUCCUAAAAAAUAUUUGUGCAAGUCUUCUUGAAAAACUAACAUUUCUUUUGUAUGCUGCUUCUCUUCAGAUAGUUAUAAAGUUGCUUAACUAAUCCUGUGUGUCAUUCCCUCAUAACAGAAUGUGUCAUUCUCUUUGAAAAUGAAUGUAAGCCCCAACUGCUGUGGAGUUUUCUUGCACUGAGCCUUGGCCUACUUGUUAGUUAUAAAAAAGGACCUCCCCUUCAUUUAUGGAGCUCAGUGUGAAACAAGCCUGUCCAUGGUGUGCUGUCUCACUUUUUUGACUCUAUAGAGCAUUUUUAAUAAUAUUCUACAGAUAUACUAUGGUGUCAUAUGCAUGCUUAUAGGAUAGUUACAGGAUGUAAGGUGGCUGUGAUCCAGGGUUGCUUUACUUGACGUCAUGACCAGGUACUGUGAUGCUUGGCAUUAGCACUGGAAGAACAGUGUAAUAAGAUCAACAGCUCACGCCAAUAUCACCAAUAGCUGCACAUAGAGAACAACAUUCCUCAAUCCAGGAGGGCAACCAGCAGGCAGAUAUUGGCCAGUGCCUAUUUUGCCACCAGCAUCGCUGUCGAGCCAUCUUUAGCUGUCAUGAAUUAGCUACCGAAACACCAAAGAUGGGAGGCGCCCACCUGAUGACCCUGCAAUGUGCCUCACCCAGCCCAUUUCAGACGGCUGCCAUGCUGAGAUGCUACAGAGGCCGCGCUUUAGUUGAUCCCUGGAGCCAGCAUCACUGCUGUUGUGUGUGCUGAUGCACCUGGGAGGUGGCAAAUAGGCUGAUCCCUGGAGCCAGCAUUACACCGGACCAAUAGGAAAUCCACAUUACCUGGAAGCAUGUCUUGGUUGGUUCCCCCCACUAAUUUUAUCUUGGCGAAAGUCACUAUUAGCUUGAAGUCAACAACAACUACUGUGAUGUAAUUUUUAAAAAAAGCAUAAAUAUGUGCUAAAUAUUUGUGUUUUUGCCCUAACAUUUGCUGUAAUCUCCCUAAAACAAAUAUGGAAGAAGAUGGGCCCGGUAUUAUUAAUCUAAAAAUAUAUAUGAUUGUAUUCCUCCUAAAAAAAAAAAACAGUCAGCUAGUUAAUAGCUACUGUAGACACAUAAUAUCACAUAUAAAUAUAGCCAGAUAUUUAUUGUAUUUACGCCAAAAUGUUAGUUUUGGUGAAAGCCAACUAAAACUAAAAUAUUUUAAAAAAAUAAGGUCUAUAUUAAACACUGAAAAGUGUGCCUAGGUUGUGAGUUACUAGCUGUGGAACAUUAACAGUUUUAUUGUUGAAAUAUAUUAAUGCAUUUUAAUUAUAUUUUCAAUAAUAGGUAUUUUGGGCUAUUUAACAAUAUGAGAUAGUUGGGGCUGUUUACUACAUAAAGGGCCUUACUUCUAAGCUUGUGUUGUAUGACAAAAUGUGUCUAAUAUUUGUUUGAAAUAAAAGAAAAAGCUCUGUGCACCUAAAUUAAUUCUUACAAGUUUUCUUAUACGGUAGCUGUUUCUAGUGGAUGGUCAACAGUCGUUUGAACCUUCAAGCCACUAUCAUUGUGUGGCCUUAAGUCUACGUUACUUGAUUGUCUUUGUGUCCCAGUCCCCCCCCCC